UGAACUGGAACUACUAUGAAGUUUGUUUUGUGGCUUCCAGUGUUUACAUUUAUUCGACUACUUUACAAGAUACAUGAACGAUAACAAAGAGCUGUUAAAACGCUUUACGGGGAAAUUUAAGGACAUAUGCGAUGUCUUUGGACGCUUAUGUCUGAUAUAUUCAAUUCCGAGUCUUUAUUAUCCUAAACUGAUUUAAAAAAAGGAGUGUUUACAAAAACACCAUGAUAUAAUCAUGUCAUUUAAACCGGACUGCUGGAGGAGAUAGACAUCGUAUCCUCUCCUAAACUGCAACAGAAGAAACCUUUUGAAAAUCAUCACGGACAGCCACCGUAUUGAUUUUUGGUUACACGGGGAACAUGAACUCUGAUGGACAGAUGAUGGCGUCAUCCAAACCUUCUUACUUCAUAGGGAAGAAAGAAGACAUCAAAGCUGGACGUCUUGUGAAGUCAGUUGGCGGAAGAGAUGUUCUCGUUCUUUACCACCAGGGGGAGUUUUAUGCCAUGGAUGUUCGCUGCUACCACUCUGGAGGUCCUCUGCACAAAGGAGAUAUUGAGGAGUUUGAUGGGCGAAAAUGUAUAGUGUGCCCAUGGCAUAAGUAUAAAAUUACAUUAGCUGAGGGUGAGGGACUCUAUCAGGCAGUGGACCCUUUUGUGAAGCCUCUGAAACCAACCUGGUGCUCUAAAGGGAUUAAACAAAGAGUCCACAAAGUGACAGAAUCCAAUGGAGAUCUUUACCUCACCUUAAAUGACUCGUCAGAGGCCAUUGACUCAGAUUUUUACCAAACUGAGAAAUACAGAGACACUUUUAUGAAAGAAGGAAUGAAGAAAUAAAAGUGACCCCAGUGGAAAAGGCUUGAGGUUAAAGAUGGACACCAGUCUCGGUUGACCAAAGGGGUUUGAAUGUGAAUAAUAGAACAUAUAUUUUUUGUGAUCAGAAUAAGCAGUGUUUGUUAGCUUUUAAUGAUAUUUAUGUUUAUGUAAUUUAUUUAGUAAAAAUGUAGUUUAUUUAUAUUAAUUUGAUGUAAUUAUUUAUAAUGUUUAUACCACGUAGCAUUCCUAUUAAGGAUCUUACAUGCAGUUUCAUUAUUAUUAUGAUUAUUAUUUUACUUUUCAGCAGUCUUUGUCUCAAGGUGAUGGUGUUUCUGAUAACCUCACAAUUGUUUAAUAAAUUGUUAAUAAUGAUUUAACAUGCUUAGACUCUGUGUCAAGCAUCUAUUAAUGCUUUUAAUUUUGUGAGCAGGACACUGAUGUAGGUCUGAUGUGUUAUCUACAGAGUUGUUUAAAUAAGUGAUAAUAGUAUCUGAUAUGAAGGAGAGGUGAGUGCUUGAUGGAUGAGGGGUCAAAGGAGACAUGGAAAAAUAUGGACUACUACAAGUGUGUGAAAGGAGAUAGUUUCCUAAUCUUUUUGUAUAUAUGAGUGGUUAGAUAUUUAAGUGCUGGCAGCUUAAACAUAGAAACAUGGAUAAUAUCCCACAUCAACACUGGUGAACACAUAAAGAUAUUUAUUCAGUGAUUAAAAAGUACAACAAAGGGCAGAAAGUAUAACUGUACAGAAAUGAUUGCAGGUUUGAUGAGGAGUAAUCUCACUAAUUGAAUGUACACACAAACAUUUUGAACACACACACACUAAAAAUAAAAUGACUAAAACCUUUUCAUAACAAUAGCUUCUUGUGAAGCCCAUAUGAUUUUAUAACAAAUUACUUGUUAAAACUGGUUUAAAGUAACUAUAUUUCACAGCAAUAGCUGCUACACUAAAA